CGAUGUCUCAUCAUAUACGGAUAUGUCCAAAUGAUCAACCCCGAUCGCUAUCAAGAGGUCAAACUUUACCGAGAAGAUGACGCUGGUGCAAUUGAUCCCCUCAAGGUGGCGUACUCCAUUAUCAUCGAGGGUUGCAUCGACAUCCUGUUUUCGUUUAUUUUGUAUUACUCUGUUAAAUACGAACGCUCAACUCUAGUACUGCUAUGGCUCUACUGGCAAUUCGUGAACACGCUGUUCACGUUUAUUAUUGCUUCAGUUCAAGUGAUCGCUGCUGUUUUCGCAUCUUCAACGUACGCUCUCGUCGGGGUUAUGGCUUCGUGGAUGACAGUAUUCUUGAUGGUAUACUGCAUGAAGUGUGUCGGAUCGUAUUAUUACGAGCUCACUUUAGCCGAGUGCGACGAAGGUAACGCCGAAACGACGGCGAGCCUUAUGGAAGACGCUUGGAAGAAUCAACAAGCCUGCCAGGCACAACAUAGUGCCGGAAGCCACACUGUCAGUUGUACCGCUAGCGGCGUAGGCCGAAGUGGUAGUGGUGUUGGGACGUCGGGCGUAGCGUCCGCCUGCUCGGCCCUUGCUUCGCGCGUGCACAGCGCUUGCUCAAUGGCGUCGCCAUCGACGUCGCAAAUCAGCUUGCACGCACUGCAUAUGCUCGACCAGCCGUCGUGCUCGCGUGUGGCUUCGGCGUGCAGUUGCGCAUGCGCUGCGGUCGCGCUUGCUAUGACACCGCCACCACAUAGGCCCAGUCAUGCUUCCAUAUCUGUGCAGACAGACACUGCCGACAACCAGAUCGCCAUUGCCAACGUGUAGGCGUGUGACGUGAAACCACACGGCUUCUUCUCAUCACUUAGCAAUGCUGAUAAUCGAUCUCACUCAGAAUAAUGGCCAUGAAGGCAUUAAUAUCACGGUGAUGCGUGAUCAUCGACCACCACUGAACACUACUAUCAGAUUUAAGUGAUAAAAAUCAAAAACUCUCACUUUUCACAACAACAAUCACACCGACAGGCAAAUGUGUUAGAAAGGCGGAGUUUGCACUACGGCAAUGGUAACAAAAACGACUGGAAACAACAAUCCCAACGCUGUAAUUAGCACGUCUUCGUUUCUUCCGUGUGUCAGUGUGCAUGUAUAGUAAUUCUGCACGCCGCUGUGGUGCAGGCCUUACGUGUUGAAAUGGUCACCGGGCAGCAAGUCGAUAGUAAUGACUAAGAACGAGGAAGCAAUGGAUCAGAUGCCGACUUGUCAACAGAUAGUAAUUAAGUGUCGCAAUAAACAGCGAGGCGUAAUAACGAAAAGCCAAGAAAAAUAUUUAACUUACAUUUAUUCAUAGCAAGGCGUUUCGUCAUUUUAUCUGCGUUAGGAUUUCGUAUCUAGCACUCGUUACCAGCUAAGCAGGCAAUUAAGUGCCACGCGAGAAGAGCUUACUUUGGAAAGCUGGAUAAUGUUUAGUCAGAGCUUAUAUGUUCACUGACUUUGCUCCGAUCAUUUUCAUUGAACUAUUGCUGCUAACUAGAUCGAGACGAACAAGAAGUUUCCGCCUCGCCCGUUAACAGAGUCCAGCCUGAUACCAGGUCAAUGUUGCUCGGCAGUGACGAAUUACUGACACUCAGAGACUCUGAUACAAAUAGACACACAAGGGAAACACACUUUUAUACGCUUCUCCGUAUCACCAUCGGUGGUUAUAGGCCGAUGUGGCUAUUGGCGUUGUUCUAAGGAAAGCCGUGUUAUCCUACGUAGUAACUCCGCCGCUUCAAAACGAACUCUAACGAUGGUUAUUCUUGCCCAGUGGCUAAAUUUGCAUUCGAUAAAUGUAUUAACAAACUCUCUGA